UAUUAUAAUUAACUCAAUUGGAUGCUGUCGUUAGCGUUUUAGUUAGCUUCGAUUACUUACGGCGUACAGAGUUGUGCUAAUUUCAUUAACAAUGGAAGAUCAAAAGAAAACACAGCCCAGUGUUGAGGAACUGAAAAAUAAGGGCAAUGAGUGUGUUAAAAACGAUAAAUAUAUUGAAGCUGUCCUUCAUUACACGCAGGCGAUCAAAAUGGACCCUAAUAACUAUGUUUUAUACAGCAAUAGAUCCUUUGCGUUUCUGAAACUGGAUCAACACUAUUUAUCACUUCAAGACGCCAAUGAAACUGUUCGGUUACAACCACAAUGGGCCAAGGGUUAUUUCCGCCGCGCAGAAGUGGAGGCAGCCAGUGGUCUUUAUGACGAAGCAGUCAUAUCAUACACAAGGGCGCUCCAAUUAGAUCCUCAUAACACUAAACUCAUGGAGUCUAUUAAGAAUCUUACUGACAUGCAGAAGAAGAAAAUCAAAGAUAACCAAAAUAUAAUAUGGAUUAGUACAUGUGUGGGUCUAGUCAUAGGCAUAGCUGUUGUUGUAUUGGAUCACAGUUUAACUACAAAUCCUACAUUGACGAAUCCUUUCAGUAUGGUAGCAUUCUCUAUAGCGUUAGCAACAGUUGGCUUUGCAAUUGGUAAAACAGCAACUCUAAUGAAUUCAUGGAGUGCAGGCAAAUCAUUACAACCUCCAGAGGAUUUAGGAGGAAAUGACAACACUAAAGAAAAAGAAACAGCAUUUCCUGAGAAAAAGAAAUACAGUAAAGCACAAGCUCGCCAAAGAUAUAAACAAGGGAAGCUAUAGUUUUAAGAUAUUUUGUUUUUACUUGUGCUAAGAUUGCUACAUGAUUUAUGUCGAGGAUGUAAACAAAAUGCAAAUAACCUUGGUAAAUUCUUGGGUUCAAUAACCUUGUAGAGUCAAUUUAAUGCUCAGAUUCACGAGGUUGUCAAACGUGAACAUGCAGUUCGAUCUUAGUAUUGUAGUUGACCAGAAUUUAUGGCAAACUUUUAAAGUUGUUUAUGUGUUAGUAAGUCCUUAAAAAUGGCCUUAAGAAAAGACAGUAUUACAUCUAAGCUGCUUGCAAAAGUUACCAUUUUCCGUCAGCACAUAAAUUUACUUAUGCAUUUACUCGCGUUGAUGUUUGACCAUCUAGACGGGCCUUUAGCUAGCGGAGUCACAAAUUGUAGAAGCAUUGUUUCAGCUUUUGUUGUUAAUAUAGCAGUUUUAAAAUGACAAUGGCAAACAGAGCGUACGUCAGUACUGUGGAGCGACAGAAGUGGAGCGGAAGCAUUGCCCGUGCCCGUCUUCGGUCAGAUUUGUACAAGAUAUAACAAAAGUAUGCAAUAACACUGGGAUGUGAUUAUGAUAAUGUCCAAGGAUUUGAACCUUUAACCAGAAACUAAAUUUUAACCCCAUCAGAAAAACUUACAAAUCUGUUGAUGUUGCAAAUAUUAAAAAAAAAGAUUCUGUUUAAAAUUGUUCAACACAAUCAAUACUUUCAUAUGUACUCGAUAAAACGGUUUAUAAAAUUCUGGUCUCCUUAAAGGUUGAUUUGUAGUAAUAGGCUUAUAUUUACAACUUUGGUGAAGGAUUUCUAUCUUGUUAAGAAUUCUAUAGAAUACAGUGUGAUGUGUUCAUAAGAGUAGGCAUUUAUAAAGACUAAAAUGCGUAUAAAAAGCCAUAAAUAAAUUAAAUUCAAUGGUGUGUGAUUUUAUCCUAUAAGGAUAUAGAGAUCAUUAAUGUUGCGUUCAUAAUGUACGAAACGGGUUGGUUUUCGAUACACCGUUAUUUACUAUUCUGUAAAUGCAAUAAUUGUUUAGGCUACCUAUUUUUUAUGUGGUUAACAUGGGGCAUUUUUUUCACUAUGCAUAGUUUAAACGAGAAAAAUAAUGAAAGAGUAAUUCAGUAAAUGUUGUCGUAUGUAUUCAAUAUUAUAAUUAAGAUCUAAAUGUGUGCAAUUUCUAUCACUACAGAAUCAAUAUCCUAUGAUAUGUUGUUGUCAAUCUAUAAAAUGUUUAUAAUCCCUAUUUUUAACAUUGUCAAUACUUUAUGUAUCGUACAAUGGUUUUAUUUUUCAAAUAAGAUUUGUACAAUGU